GGGACUCGCGGGAGGCGGGCCGGAGCGCAGCGCAGCGCAGCGCAGAGCCGGGGAUGCGCCCGCGCGGCUGAGCGCGCCGGGAUGAAGGAGGCGCAGGGCGGCGCGGCCCUGCCCGGCACCUCGCUGCAGCGGGCCUGCCGGCUGCUCGUCGUCUUCUGCGCCCUGCACCUCUCGGCCACGCUGCUCUACUACCUGGCGGGCAGCAGCGCCCUGCGCCCGCCGCGCAGCCCCGAGCCGCCUGCGCGCAGCCCCGAGCCGCCGCCGCGCAGCCCCGAGCCGCCGCCGCGCAGCCCCGGGCCGGCCAACCGCUCCCGCGCCCAGCCCGGGCCGCCGCCGCCGGACUGCCCCGACCCGUCCCCGCUGCUGGUUGGUGCACUGCGUGUGGAAUUUUCCCAGCCUGUGAAUCUUGAGGAAGUUGAGAAGAUAAACCCUGAAGUGAGAGAAGGAGGCCGGUACGUUCCAAAAGACUGUAAAGCACUUCAGAAAGUAGCAAUUAUCAUACCAUUCAGGAACCGUGAUGAGCAUCUGAAGUACUGGCUGUAUUAUCUCCACCCAAUCCUUCAAAGGCAACAGCUUGACUAUGGCGUGUAUGUCAUCAAUCAGGAUGGAGAAGAAACCUUUAAUCGUGCUAAACUUCUGAACGUAGGCUUCGAAGAAGCUUUGAAAGAAUAUGACUAUGAUUGCUUUGUAUUUAGUGAUGUAGACCUAAUUCCAAUGGACGACAGGAACAUCUACAAGUGUUACAGCCAGCCACGGCACCUUUCUGUAUCAAUGGAUAAGUUUGGAUUUCGUUUACCGUACAAUCAGUAUUUCGGAGGCGUGUCUGCUUUAAGCAAGGAGCAAUUCGUAAAAAUCAAUGGAUUUCCUAAUAAUUACUGGGGCUGGGGUGGCGAAGAUGACGACAUUUAUAACAGGCUGGUUUUUAAAGGUAUGAGAAUAUCUCGCCCAGAUGCUGUAAUUGGGAAGUGCCGAAUGAUUCGCCAUGCAAGAGACCACAAAAAUGAACCCAACCCUCAGAGGUUUGACAGAAUUGCCCACACAAGGGAGACCAUGAAUUCUGAUGGCUUAAAUACGUUGUCAUACAAGGUAGUGAAAACGGAUAAAUACCCACUGUAUACAAAAAUCACAGUGGAUGUUGGCUCACCAAAAAAGUAGUGUUGGAGAGGCAGAAGUGAAGACUUAGAAGCUACCAGGGAUAUCUGAUCCGUAGGAUUUUUAUAUGUACUGUUUUUUACUCAGAAUGAACAAGAAGGCCGCAUUCAGCUAUGCAAAGUUUUUCCCGGUCUGCUGGACAAGUGAGACUUCUUAAUCCCAAACUUGGCUUUACACAACUUUCUAGCUCUACGGUAUUUUUGUAAGUUUAGAAACUGUAAAUAAGAGUUGUAAAUAUUUACAUUGCCAGAAAACGCUGGAUAUUAUGUAUUCGCUGCAGUGCUCCCCACAUAAAUAUUUUAUUCAAAUGUUAUUGUUCACAAACAAAUGAUGAAUCAGCAAUUAUUACCUGUAUUAUUUCUUCCAUAUGUUAAAUUAGGUAGACGAGAACACCGCGUUAAAUUCUUUGCUGUUGUUACUUUAUGAAGGACUGGAAAAUGCUGCUAAAAUUGUACACGUUUAUACUUCGUCUUCAACUUUUUGUUAGUGGAGGCCAGUAUUGUUUAGUCUUGUCUCAUGUCAACCAAAACAAACACUUUUUUUUUUAAUUUUAUGCAGAGCAGGUUUUGGAAAAAUUGAUCUUACAAAAUCUGUAACAGCGACAGUUUUUAUUAUCUCAGAGGGGAUUUUAAUAAGGCCCCAGCCCUCCAGCGAGCGCUGUAUAGACAGGACAUUUAGGCUUGGUGGGAGCUGCCCAGGACGGUGUAAAUAUGAUGAUUGGUGCAAGAAGUGCUGUCUCCAGGUGACCUGCACGGAAAGAUGUCUCUUGCUCGAUAGAGCAGUGCCAGAUGCAUUCUAUUUUUAAUAAAGGCAAAUUGGUUGUAAUUAUGGGCUGAAACUAUAGUCUUUUUAAUUAAAAUUUACUGACAUUUGUUUACUUUCGUAAGAGCUUUUCGCACCAUUUAAAUACCAUAUAAAUUUGACAAAAACAAAAUGCAUUUUUCUUACUGUUGUACAUAAAACUUGAAUUCACUGUUCCUUUUGUUUUGUGAUAUUUUAAGAUGCCGUGAGAGAAAUUUGGUUUUUAAAAGAGACGUAUGUUAAUACCUUGAUUAAACUAGGAUGUAGCAUAAUUGUUAAAUGAGGCUUAAAAAUAGUCUGUUAUCACAAUGACAGGUUCUUAUGGUGCUUCAUGAUGUGUGAGCCAUGGAUUAAGUUUGCGCUACGUAUUUGUCCAUGAAAUCUCUUGCCUUCUUUAAUGCUUUAAUACUGACAGGACAGUACAGAUCAGGCUUACUUUGCUGAUCUGAAGCCUACACUAAAAGUGUGUCUAAGAUGUGAGAAAGUGUUCCAGGUCCGUACUUGUUUGUAACUUCUGCAGCCACUGAGGAGUGUGCACUUUCUUGUUCACGGCAUUUUUAAACUGCAGAUAGGCAGCUGUGCCAUCCUAUGUACCUUGCCUUUCCGCUUUAUGACAUGAUGAAAACCCCUUCAGCAUUAUGGCAUUUAGAGCCGGUCAGAAUUUCACCUCAAAGCAUGGACAUCUCAGCAGUGUUUGUGAACUUUUUGCCACUUUUCCGCCAGCUCAAUCUAAAAUGACUUAUGCUAAUUGGGCCUGAUCCAAAACUCUCAGGAGUCAGUGUGAGGGUUAGUAGGAGCUCUGGAUCAGGCCUGCGGGGUUACUCCUGCAUCUAGGUGUGUUUACCUGGAGAGUAGAAGUGGAGCUUAAGUCCCAUUUGUUUUACACAAGGAAGGAAGGGGCUGAUCUAAAGAUGGGGGGAGGGCUGUUUUAUUUAAAUGUGCUUUUUGGCCACUGGCUAUGGCUAAAGUCAUGGACGGAAGCCCCAGUAACCCCAUGGGGUGCCUGGGGGGGUGCCUGCCCUUCCAUCUGAUUUGUAAGGGCUUGUCUACUAACACAAGUUAAAGUGAAGCCAGUGUGGACACUCUCUUACCUGUUUGGAACUAGCUCUGUUGGUUUAGUUUACACCUACCAACACAAGCCAAACCCAUGUGAGAGUGUCCACACACCAAGGUGCACCAAAUCUGUAUACAAUCACACCUUGAGUUAACCAGGACAGCUCUGGCUUCUGAUCAGUAUGAGGGAGAACCACUUCUUGGCAGCAUUGUUUGGAACUAGGACCUGAUCUGCCAUUGCAGGAUCCUCACCUAAGAGCCAGCCUGCAAACACCUGCUCUUGGGUGUAAUUGUACUCAUGCUAGGAAUUGCAUUACAAAGUUACUGAUGUGUUGGCAGAGAUGCAGUAGCAUGUAGCUUAGAUCCCUUCUAGAAUCUGGGUUAAUUUUCUCUCUGCAAAACCCACGCACAUGCAGCAGCAUUGAUUAGUAGCCAAACGUGGCCUGGGAUUUUCAGAGGAGUCUAAGGCGUGUGGGCCCCAGCUCCCACUGAAUGCCAGGGUAGUAUGGGAACCAAACUCAGCCGAGGCUCUUUGGAAAAUCCCAGAAUCUUUGUGCGUCUCUUCCCCCCCCACACACAUCCCACACCCCCCAUCUGCCCCUUCUCCUGUCAACUGAAACAUCUGAAUCUUCCGAGAUUUGUUUAAUCCUCUAGCUGCCCAACCUUUGCAAAGACACAAUAUAUUGCAUUUGAUUGUUUUGCCUUACUAAUAUAUGAAGAUCAGGAAAAUUUCUGUAGAAAGCUUUCAAUUUUAAAUCUCAAAGAAUGGAAUUAAUGUAAGUAGUAACGUUCUGGCUGUUAGAUUAGAGAUUUCUACAAAUGUGCCUUAAAAGGAAAAGGGGAAGGAAACCUUGAACAAACAGAACAGCAUGUAUCAUAUCAGACACUUAAGAGUUCCCAUGGGCUGCUGAUUUACUUUUCCUUUACUAAUAUUUAAAACGGUAAACUAUUUAAGAAAAGUUUUUAAAAGACAAAAUCUUCCCCCCCUUUCUUAAUAUGUGUAACCCUGUGGUGCUGGGCCAGGAUUUCACCAGGGUGAGUUCUCAUGCAAAGUACAUCUAUCAAACUGUGAAAUUUCUUCUCAAUUUGACCAGUCCAUGAAAUCCAGUCAUUAUUCUCUCUGGGAUUUUCAGGGACCUUAGCAGUAAACAAGUAUGUAACUCGGAAAUGAAUUUUGACUGAAUCUUAGUUUGUGGUGGAUCCUAUUCAGACGUCGAUGGUAACGCUCACUGAAAUGAUCAUGUGUAAAAAUGGGCAAAAUUUAAAACACAUAACCGGAUGUAAAACAAAUGCAGAUACCUAAUUUCGUCAUAACAAUUGUUUUUUAGAAUACUAAGCAUUCUGGUAUGUGGCCUUUUAUCAUGUGGCCUUUGCUCAUUUGCUGGACUGUGUAGAGGUUUUCAGCAUGUUUUCCAUAGAUGGUUUUGCUUUGCACUUUUAUCACUCGUAUUAUUUCCACAUGUAAAAGCUGAGGUCCCUAUGUUCAUGUUCACAUCAAAUAAAGUAUUUUCAGUCUUUA